UGACCAGACCGGAAGUGACGUCAGUGUUGUGAUAUUCAGCUGGCAGGUUGGCUGACUACCUGUGUUAUUAUCAAAGAUUAGCAUGAUAUGGAUUAAUGAGGCCGGCACCCUUCGAUGAUCUUGGAUUAGUACCUGUGAUGUAGAUGAAGCUGGGAAGCGUGACAGUGGGGAUUCCGUAUCGCGGCGAGAUGGGGAGGUGGAAACACACCUGUGUCCUGCUGCUCAGCGUUCUCGGGACAGUGUGCGGCCAGUGCUCUGACGGCCCUCUACACCUGACCAUCAGUAAAACCACCAGCAUCUCACUCCCCACCGACAGUGGACUGUACAAAAGUGACCUACACUGUCAGUGGAACCUGACUUCAGGAAGUAGCGAUGCUCUACAGCUGGAGUUCGAGACCUUCUCCCUACAGGACUCCCCAGAGUGCAUCAAUGACUACCUUGAGAUCUACUCCAGCAGCGGGGACCUCAUCGACCGCUGGUGUGGUGAUCUCUACCCCGAGUACAUCGUCAUGAAUGGGGGUAGCAUCAUCUUUCACAGCGACGACAGGGUCAGCUCAGCAGGCUUCGUCAUCAAAGUCAAGUAUAUAUUUGUCGCUUCCUUCCAAAACAUCCAGUUUCCUGUCACGGCAACCACCAAACCCAAACUACUCUAUGCUCCGUUCUAUGGUGAAAGUAAUGUAAUGCGACUGAGGUUCUUCUGGAAGGUGACCAGAUCUGAAGCCACUGAACUGACCCAGAUACACUACCAGGACUACUGUGAUGACAUACAGACAGUCAGCAUUACAGAGGCAAACCAGACGUCUGACCUGCUGCUGCAUGACUGUGCCUAUCCUUCCCAUCAGGCUAUAGUGAGUGCCACCCCCCAGCUCACAAUAUCAGUCAACAUGCCCACCGAUGGCUCCAAGCAGCGCUUCCGUCUGUCUGUCUCAGCUGUGGCGAACUAUCCAUCUGUCUGCGAUGGAGGUGAGGCUGUGCAUGAGGUGGCUGUGACCCGGAAUCCACAGUACAUCAUCGUUCCCUGGUCUAUUCCUGGUCUGAUGUUGAAAAUGAAGAAGGCGUGUCGCUGGCACUUGCAAACUGACCUGACUGACCACAUGGUUGUCAUGGAAAUGCUGGUGUAUGACCCACCCAAUGGGGGACUUUGCUCCGACAACCGAAUCAGCAUCUACAACGGGGCAGACAACUCCUCCAUGCAGCUGGUGUCAGCCUGUGCAAUGUCGGACGUGUUUUCCCGAGUUAUCAGCCCACAGAUGUUCGUGGAGUCAACAAUACUCACCACACCCUCCUCCGUCAAGUCAGCCUUCGUCAUGAAGAUACAUUCCACACCACAGUGUGAGGAUGGCGUGCGGCCGCUGGUGGCAACAACUCUCCCGUCCUACACAGUGAUGGAGUAUUAUAACAGGCUCCCGGACUGUAUGUUGCAUGUGAAGAUGAGAAACAACAGUAUGAAGAUGCUAGACGUGGGAAUUGUUUCACCUGGAAUAUCCCCGUCUUUCAAUCCCUCUUCCUCCUGCCCUGACAACGCCACCUACAUACAAGUGUACAAUGUAUCGGCUGUGCUGCCACAGUACCAGAUUCCAAAGUUGUGUCCCUUCCUGAACAGCCACGAGUACCGUGUGUAUGGAACAUCCCUGUAUCUGCCGACGCACCCAGAAGUCAACGUGCCACUCAGUGUAGUGGCCCUGCAUUACUACGCCACACAAGGCAUCUGUGACAGGAACAAGAUAGUUGUCCUUGAGGUGACCUUGGAGGAACAAUCUCUGUAUUCUCCCAACUUUCCAAACACCUACUGGCCACACGAGGUGUGCCGGUGGCGACUCCAUUCCUUCAGCCCAUACUACCACGUGGCCUUCCUGGUGUCCCAGUUCAUGUCCCAGUCACCCGUGGGCGCCUGCACCUCCUCCCAGGAUCACAUCGCCUUCUACGAUGGUCCAUCCAACAGCUCCUCCCGGCUGAUGCUGCGCUGUGCAGGCCUGGACACAGACUGGGUUCCCUCCUCUGGUAGUGAUGUGUAUGCACAGUUUCAGUCCUUCAUUGGCAACACGGGAAAGUUCAACAUCAAGUACAAGGCUGUCCGCAGAGAUUCCUCGUGUAACAAGGAGCUCCAGGGGACAUCACACUACCAGAACCUGUCCUCGUCCGGCUUCCCAACUGGCCCUGUCAGGCCCCCCGAGUGCUGGUGGCGGAUCGAGGCGGAGCCCGACGACCAGGUGGUGAGCGUGAAUGUGCUGGAAACUGACCUCUUCCAGGACUACUACUGCUCCGUGAGCCACGUGGAGGCGUACGAUGGCAAAGAUUCCACGGAGGGUUUGAUCAUCAAGUGGUGCAGCAAAUCAACUCCACAGUUCCUCAGCACUGGCAAAUACAUGUUCCUACAGCUUCACUCAGGCUCCGACGUCGACAAGGGCUUCCUGCUGACAUACAACUCCACUCCAGCUGUCAUCUCUCCAUGUGGAACGUCGCUGACCGCGUACAACCACAUGUCCUACCUCUCCAGCCCUGGCUACCCAGAGAACUACAAGAAUCACUUAGACUGUCGCUGGGUGAUCCGUGCAAUGUCCGGCUUCACAACUGUGAAGAUUGAAGUGACGGAUGCACAUCUGGAGUAUGACUGCUCCUUUGACAAUAUCUCCAUUUAUGAUGGGCAGGACAUGUCGGCCAAGUUGAUGGGGGUGUUCUGUGCCAGAAAUCGCCCCACCCUCCAGUCCUCGGGGAUGUUCAUCUUUAUCCGCUUCCAGACAGACAGUUCCCGCACUCACGAGGGCUUUCAAGUGAAGUACUAUGAAACAGAAGAUAAGACAGCUGAGAAUGUGUGUAACAAGGAUCUGUCAUCUUACCAGGAUGCUCAAUAUCUCCAGUCCCCCGGGUACCCAAACUCCUACCCAAGUAACCUGGAGUGUUGGUGGAGGGUCACCGCCUCGGACCCAUCAGGACAGGUCCAGGUCACAGUGAUCCGAUCAAGCAUAGAGAACAGCAACAACUGCAGGAACGACUACGUAGCUGUACAUGACGGUGACCGAGAGGGCAGAGAGCUGGGCAGGUGGUGCAGCGAUGAGACCCCAACAUAUGUGAGCUCCGGCAGGUCGCUGUUCUUGCUGUUCAUGACGAACAUGGACGACACAGCCAUGGGGUUCCAGCUGAAGUACUUCACAACUAAAGCAUGUGCGGCAGGCCAUGUUUCUGAGCUGCAUGUUCAUCUCGUCCCGGGCUAUAUUGAGUCACCAAACUACCCUGAAAACUAUCCAAAUGAUGUCAGCUGCUCCUGGCGCCUCCGAACCAACAUCUCCUCCUACAUCCGCGUCAAAGUCCUGAACUCAGACAUCGAGUCCAAGGAGAACUGCGGGUUUGACUACAUGAUCGGCUACGAUGGAGCCACUGAUUCCUACCCAAUGCUGAAAAAGUGGUGUGGUCUUGAAACUCCGAUAGUCACCUCCAGCGGCAGUGUGCUGUUCCUGAAGUUCCGGUCUGAUGGUUCAGGCAACAGACAGGGCUUCCGCAUCGAUUACGUGGGAGUCAACAUCGGCUACUAUGACGACUCCACUUCUUCGUCUUCACUAAAAGCAGGGACUAUCGCCGGUGUUGUCUGCGGCUGCGUUGUCGUCACCUCUAUCCUCAUCAUCGCCAUGUUUGUUGUCAUCCGACGCAGACAGAAAUAUCAGCAGAAUGCCGACCUGGACCCAACUGGUCAUGGAAGAAGGUCCGGGUCCACAUCCCACUGGAGAAGUCGGCGGUACCCAGAUCAGCCCUGGGAGGUGAACGCUGUGUUUUAUUCUGUGGAGUCUGCAGGCUACAUGACGGCCCCUCCCCCCUACAGCCUGGUGGCAGGGCUGCACAACGACCCCCCGCCCCCCUACCCAGCAGCAGAGUUUACCCUCCCACUGAAGGAUGAGGACGAAGAGGAAGUGCCACCUUGUGACGGUCCAGGAGAAGACAACCAUGCAGGCGAUGGGAACAUCUCUCCCUGUACACCUGGUUCAGAGAGACAUCCAGGGGUCCAGAGUGAAAGCCGUGCAGAAGAAAGCCCUGUCAACCCUAACCCUAACCCUAACCCGAACCCUGUCAAGUUGGCUGAAGGAGGCAGGCCACACUACAGAAAGAGCGGUGGGUCAGGACUGGGGCGGGCCGUGAGUGUAGAUAACCUGCUGCCUCUUCACAAACCCCUCAGUGUAGCUCCUCCCACUGUGCUCUCUGAGAUGACAUCAGGAGGCCGAGCAGUCAGUGUGGGCAAUCUCGUCUUGGCAGAGGCUACAGGUCAGGGCUAUAACCGUCAGAUUUCCCAGUCAGAGACCGUGCUGAAUAGAGGGCCUUAUUCACCUGGGGCCACUGCAGGACAGAGUCCUUAUCCGCGGUCAAGGCACAGAACAGAAAGACGUUCCCCAGGACACCAGCAGCAAAGCCACAGCCAUAACUCUCCCCCUAACCCUCACAGUGGACUUGAUGGGGCAGCCCCAUCAGCAGCUGGUGCCAUGACUGGGACAUCUGUGCCAGAAGGUGCUGGUCACCGGUACACGCAGAGACGACAUCCCGCUGACAAGGCAAGGGAAAAGCGUGGGCAUCCAAGAUCGGAGUUUAAGGCUCUGAAAGAACGGUCACGGUCACAUGACAGCCUGGUGACUGACAGGUUGUCUCUGUCCAAUGCUGCUUGGAAUCCAAGAUGGUCGGUGGCAUCUGAGGGCAACAGGAAUGAUGGUUGGUCCCAGAGUCCCGGUGGCAGACUUGGGGAGGCCAGCUACAGCAAUCCGUUGUUCUCUCCGACAGUUGACAAGACAGCUGCCAGAAGGUCAGCAGAACGAAGCCCGUCACUUACUGGCGACAGAAUGGACAGUGCUGGUCGCCGGCCAGCCAGCAGAGAGAGGAGGAUGACUGGUGAUGACAGUGCUGGUCGCCGGCCAGCCAGCAGAGAGAGGAGGAUGACUGGGGAUGACAGUGCUGGUCGCCGGCCAGCCAGCAGAGAGAGGAGGAUGACUGGGGAUGACAGUGCUGGUCGCCGGCCAGCCAGCAGAGAGAGGAGGAUGACUGGUGAUGAGAGUGCAGAGGCUGGAGAGGUUCCGGAAGCUUGUCAUGCAAGCUGGAAUCUCAGUCUGGAGCCGGAGGGGCCACACAGGCUCAGCACUACGGAGACAUCGGUGUAGAUGGAUGCAUCGGUGAAGUAUGGAGUAGCAGUAGCAGUGUCAUAAUCUACAGCUGGGCCAAGUCCAUGUGAACAUGUCAUGUGUGUAGGUGGGCCAAGUCCAUGUGAACACGUCAUGUCUAUAGGUGGGCCAAGUCCAUGUGAACAUGUCAUGACUGCAGGUGGGCCAAGUCCAUGUGAACAUGUCAUGUGUGUAGGUGGGCCAAGUCCAUGUGAACAUGUCAUGUCUAUAGGUGGGCCAAGUCCAUGUGAACAUGUCAUGUCUAUAGAUGGGCCAAGUCUAUGUGAACAUGUCAUGUGUGUAGGUGGGCCAAGUCCAUGUGAACAUGUCAUGACUGCAGGUGGGCCAAGUCCAUGUGAACAUGUCAUGUGUGUAGGUGGGCCAAGUCCAUGUGAACAUGUCAUGUCUAUAGGUGGGCCAAGUCCAUGUGAACAUGUCAUGUCUAUAGGUGGGCCAAGUCCAUGUGAACAUGUCAUGUCUAUAGGUGGGCCAAGUCCAUGUGAACAUGUCAUGUGUGUAGGUGGGCCAAGUCCAUGUGAACAUGUCAUGUCUAUAGGUGGGCCAAGUCCAUGUGAACAUGUCAUGUCUGCAGGUGGGCCAAGUCCAUGUGAACAUGUCAUGUCUGCAGGUGGGCCAAGUCCAUGUGAACAUGUCAUGUGUGUAGGUGGGACUGUCUCUGCUUAAUAUAUUAUGAGUGCCUGGAGUUUUUAUUUUGUUUAAUUGUUAGAUAUCUAGGAUUCUUGUGGUCAGGUGUUUACCCUUUGGAAGGACGAUCAACUGUGAUUAAAGAGUGAUUGUGUUAUAGGAGUGAUUGAUUGUGUCAUCUGUGCACUUGGAGAGGAUAUAUUAGGAUCGAUGAACCAAGUUUGUGUAUAUAGUUAUUUCAGUGUAUUUCUGAAUGUGUAUCUCCAAAGAUGACUUUUAUGUUUGUGAUACGAUCUAGCAUUUUGUUUCAGUGAUCUAAUCUAAGUCCACAGUCCUUGAGCUGUUUGUGAAAUAUUUCUCCAUGUGUUCAGUUGUUUCCUUGGUUUCCAAUAUUUGUUGUUCUUUUGGACUUUUACAUCACUUCGACAACUUAUAAUAUGGCCUUAGUGCAGCCCAACAUUACUAAUACCCUGUAAUAUCUGAUAUCAUCGCGAUACGAUAGUGUGUGAUACAGAGCUUUGUAGCACAGUGUGUGAAAUCGCCAGUAGGAUGUAGAUAUAGGACAGUUUAUAGGACAGUGUGUGAAAUUUGUAUGCUCUACAACUUUUGCAUUUUUUUUUUGCAGAAUAUAUUUAUGUUCAUGGAGGGAUAUAAAUCCACUUUUGCUG